AUGGGGCAUCCCCCGCUGGAGUUCAGCGACUGCUACCUGGACAGCCCUGAUUUCCGCGAGAGGCUCAAGUGUUAUGAGCUGGAGCUGGAGAGGACCAAUAAAUUCAUUAAGGACGUGAUCAAAGAUGGCAACGCGCUUAUCAGCGCAAUGAGAAAUUAUUCUUCAGCUGUUCAGAAAUUUUCUCAGACACUUCAGUCCUUUCAGUUCGAUUUCAUUGGAGAUACUCUGACUGAUGAUGAAAUUAACAUUGCUGAAUCCUUCAAAGAAUUUGCUGAAUUGCUCAAUGAAGUAGAAAAUGAAAGGAUGAUGAUGGUACACAAUGCUAGUGAUUUGCUGAUUAAACCCCUGGAAAAUUUUCGGAAGGAGCAAAUAGGCUUCACCAAGGAACGGAAAAAGAAAUUUGAAAAGGAUGGUGAAAGAUUUUAUUCCUUGCUGGAUCGGCACUUACAUCUGUCUUCCAAAAAGAAAGAAUCUCAGUUACAAGAGGCAGACCUCCAGGUGGACAAAGAGAGGCAUAAUUUCUUUGAGUCCUCCCUUGAUUAUGUUUAUCAAAUCCAGGAAGUUCAGGAGUCUAAGAAGUUCAAUAUUGUGGAGCCAGUCUUGGCCUUUCUUCAUAGCCUCUUCAUUUCCAACAGCUUGACUGUAGAGCUCACACAGGAUUUUCUCCCAUACAAACAGCAGCUCCAGCUCAGUUUGCAGAAUACAAGAAAUCAUUUCUCCAGUACUCGGGAAGAGAUGGAAGAACUUAAGAAAAGGAUGAAAGAAGCUCCCCAGACAUGCAAACUUCCAGGACAGCCAACCAUCGAAGGCUAUCUCUAUACACAAGAGAAAUGGGCUUUGGGAAUAUCCUGGGUCAAAUAUUACUGCCAGUAUGAGAAAGAGACCAAAACGCUCACCAUGACACCUACGGAGCAGAAGCCAGGUGCUAAGCAGCAGGGGCCCUUGGACUUAACGCUGAAGUACUGCGUGAGGAGGAAGACAGAGUCUAUCGACAAAAGGUUCUGUUUUGAUAUAGAAACUAAUGAAAGGCCAGGAACCAUAACUUUGCAAGCUCUUUCGGAAGCUAACAGAAGGCUAUGGAUGGAAGCCAUGGAUGGAAAAGAACCUAUAUACCACAGCCCCAUAACAAAACAGGAAGAAAUGGAGCUGAAUGACAUAGGGUUCAAGUUUGUUAGAAAGUGCAUCAAUGUCAUUGAGACAAAAGGGAUCAAGACAGAAGGAUUGUACCGUACUGUGGGCAGCAAUAUCCAGGUUCAGAAGCUGCUGAAUGCCUUUUUUGGUAACAAAUUAAUUUCAUUAUUCUCAUUGGAAAUUGUUGUAUGUGAGCACAGCAAAGAUAAUCUUAUGACCCCCUCUAACAUGGGGGUGAUCUUUGGGCCCACUCUGAUGAGAGCUCAGGAGGACACUGUUGCUGCCAUGAUGAACAUCAAAUUCCAGAACAUCGUGGUGGAAAUCCUAAUUGAGCACUUUGUCAAGUUCAACUCUCCUCUCCGCACUCUGUACCUGCCAAGUUCUGUGGUUCAAGUUUUGCAGAUUUUUGUGUUUAAUAUUCAGAUCAGUUUCCAAGGUGUGCAAAAAUGGUUUGGUGCUGAUUUAGCUGUUUCAGGUAUGAGACAAGAUCCUAAAUGUCCAGGAGAUGUUGAUUUUCAUUAUAGUGACUGGGACAUUAAGACAAUUACCAGCUCCUUGAAAUUCUACCUCAGAUUCCUGACCUCUGUGGAUUCCUUCUUCGUUGGUGAAACCAUAUCAUGUCAUGAAGGAGACCCCCAGAAUAUCUUACAAUCAACCAGGACUUCCAGAGAAUGA